AUUCUACUUCUCAUUGAGGACCUUGCUUGAAUUUCGAUUGAUCAACUCUUUGGCGUUGUUUUGUGCUUUGUGUUUUGUGUUUUGUGCGUGUUUGGCAUUCUUCCCAUUUUUGUCUCUCACAUGCUCAGACGCUCAGCCGAGCAACCCGAUUCGUCACGCCGGGGCAUCCGCCCUUCGCUGUGCCUCGUCAUCGCCAUCGCCAUCGCCAUGGCCAUCCUCAUCGACACACUCACAGCAUGCGUGCUACCAGCGCACGGGCUCGCACUCGCCAGGGAAGAGCUGCCCGACGCUAACCUCGCGGCCCAAGCACAACAAGCCCUGGCCCAAGCAGACCAACUCGAGGUCCCAGAUCCCAUGCAACGACAGAGACUGGAUCCGAUGAUGGAUUCCUACGAUCCUGCUGCUGCUGGUGGUGGUGGUGGUGGUGGUGAUCCAGGUGCCGAGCGUAAUCCAAUCCCAGCCAACGAUGCACCUCGUCAAGGAGCCCCCAAAUCGCAAGGCAAGGGCAAAGACGAGCCCAUCAACAAGCUCAUCAUGGAUCAAGGAACGUCGUACACUGCUGCGAUGGUCCUCACGCUCGUGUCGGGACUGAGCACUGGUCUUGGCGGAGUGGUUGUGGUCUGCCUGGGCGAGCCGACGCGCAGCACCAUGGGCUUCCUGGAAGGCAUCGCUGCAGGUGUCAUGAUCUACCUGAGCGUGUUUGACUUGCUAUUCCCGUCGGUGGAGCUGAUCGGGUUGCUCCACGCAUUUUACUCGUUCGUUUGCGGCUGCGUCGGCUUUGGCGUUCUGUCCGCCAUCCUCGAAGCGCCGAUUCGUGUCGUGUCAAAGAUCUUCCGAAGUAGCUUUGGGGCAAGCCAAGGAGCCCUCACGGCAGGCACCGGCUCGUUCACCGUCGCCGCGAACGUGGAUCCCGCCACGCUUCGCACGGCCAUCAUGACGGCCGCAGUUGUCUCGCUGCACAACAUGCCAGAGGGCGCCAUCCUGCUCAUCUCUACCCUGCGAGGGCUACGCCUGGGCUUUGUUCUCGCCGUGUCUUUGGCCCUGCACAAUGUUCCAGAGGGAAUGUCCAUUGCAGCGCCCAUUUAUGCCGCCACGAAAAGCGUUCCCUGGAGCUUGGUGCUGCCCGUCGUGUCCGGACUGUUUGAACCACUCGGCGCGCUGGUCGCGAGUCUACUCUUGCAAAUGUUCUCCACGGGACUCAGUUUGCAAUAUUUGCUGGCCGGCGUUGGCGGAAUCAUGUUUGUCCUUUCUGUCGUUGAACUCGGUCCGCUUGCCGUCCGCCACAUUGGGCAAAAGCGGCUCGCUCUGGCGAGCAUCAUCAUUGGUAUGCUUCUUUGUGCAAUUCUUGUUCGACUGACCGAGGCUCUUCUCGAGUACAAUGGAAUCCAAGAAAACCCAUAACUCUCUGUUUUUGUUGCGUUUGUUGUUGUUCUUGUUGUCAUUUUAUUCAUGUGGACGAUGUAUCCGUUGAUAUUUUUUUAACAAAUGAAAAGUAUAUUAAGAC